AUGACCUUCGACAAGUCACUUCUACAGCCUUGUCCGGUUCUUAGACCUAACGAGGUUCAAUUUAAGAGCCCCAUUCAGUACUUGUCGAGCCCAGAAGUUCGUGCUUUGGGUGAAAAGUAUGGGUUGUUGAAAAUCGUGCCCCCUCAGGGCUGGAAACCACCUUUUGCCUUAUCGCCAGAGUUCAAGUUUCAUACAAGGAUACAGAAGUUGAGUGAUUUGGGUAUUACUACGAGAAGUAGGAAGUUUUUUACUGAUAAUAUGAAUCGCUUUUAUAAGAUGAUGAAACGGAGUGAGGUGAAACAGUGGUUCAGAGCUGGUGAUAAAAAGGUCUACUUUUACGAUUUGUAUUUGGCUGUGCUUAAUAAGUUUGGGGAGUCUCCCGAUUUUGCUAAUAUUUCUAAUGAGGAGCUUUCCAAGUUGAACUUGUUGUUUGGCGUUUCGGCCGAUUCAAGGUUAUUGGUUGAUGAAUGGAUGUACCACAUCAAGCCUUAUGCCGAAUACCUCUUUAACAAUAAGGAUAACUAUGAUUUCCCAGAAAGCGAUCCUGAAGAUGAAGGCGGUGCUUGUCUUAUCUGCCGCAAAAACCAUUCACCCACCCUGACCUUGUUGUGUGAUCACUGCAACAAUCCCUACCACAUGAGAUGUCUUCAGCCUCCUUUGGAGGAGAUUCCUCAGGGAGCGUGGUACUGUGAUAGAUGUCUUGUUGGCAAUGGUGCCUAUGGGUUUGAGGAAAGGCCAGACGUCAAGUAUAGUAUUUGGGACUUUGUGGAACAAUGCAAGGCGUUUGAAGACGACUUUCUUCGCAAAUACCAAACUGAUGGUAAACCAUUGCUGCUAGAUGACAUUGAACGCAUAUUUUGGAGCUUAGUGGAGACUGAAAACUCUGAUAUCAAGGUCAAGUAUGGCGCUGAUAUUCAUAAUCUUAAGCCUGGUGAAAUCAGUGGUUUCCCAACUCCCGAGUUACCUCAUUCCCCAUACGAUCCAACCGCAGAUGCAUCCAAAUAUAUCAACGACCCUUGGAACUUGACAAGGCUUCCUUUUGCUGAAGGAUCCCUACUCAACUAUAUCAACAGCAGCAUAUCGGGAAUGACCGUUCCCUGGAUAUAUGUUGGGUCGCUUCUUUCCACUUUCUGCUGGCACGUUGAGGACCACUAUACCCUUUCAGCCAACUACUGCCAUUUUGGAAAUGUGAAGAAGUGGUAUGGAUUUCCUAGCAGUCAUGCUGAUGCUUUCGAGCUGAUAAUGAAGAAGUCUGCCCCAGAUCUCUUCCAAAGACAACCUGACUUGUUGCACCAGCUCGUGACGUUGAUAUCACCGAGCCAACUCGCUGCUAAGGGCAUUCCAUGUGUGUAUGCUGACCAAGGUCCAAACGAGUUUGUUGUUACCUUCCCAAGAGUAUACCAUGCUGGUUUCAACAGUGGCUUCAACUUCAACGAAGCUGUAAACUUCACCAUGGAUUCGUGGAUCGAGUUGGGAGAAAAGUCGAUCCAGGAUUACAGAAAAAUUAAGAAAGAGAACGUAUUCGAUCAUUGCCAGUUAGUUGAGAACAUAUUGAACAAAUUCAUCAACAAUGACAAGGAUAUGACAAUAGACCGCAUCAAGUUGGUUGAACAGUCUAUCAGGUGUUACGAGAGAAUCUUAGUCAGAAACCUGCGCUUGGUACAUGAUCUCGAUAAGGAAAGAUUCCAGGAAGCAAAGUCUUCAAAGAAAAAGAACAGGAGCGGUAGUCCUCUUACACCAGGACCUGAAAAGAGCAGCAGAAGAAUUCCAGAUCUAGAUGAAGAAGAUGAUGUUCUUUGUGACGUUUGUCGAACAUACGUCUCCUAUCAGUACUGCAAUAUCAACAACCAAGCACAUCGUUUUGGCAAAUGGUAUGGAGGAAGAAAGAAGAAGGAAUCACAUAGCAUAGAUUUGAAGGAUCUCCUUACUCCUGAAGCUUCGCCAGCCAAACUCCAAGCUUUGAAUGACGACGAAAAGGCUAAUUUUGUUGCUGCUACUAUAUCAGCAGACAGAUUAGGAGAAUUGCAAGAUAAAGUGCCAUCCAACGAGGAGUUUGAGAAGCUCAUAAAACAAGCAAAGAGGAAAGCAGACGAGGAAGAUAAUAACACUGACAAGAACAAGAGGAGAAGGCAUUCGUCUAGAAUUCUGCAAAAGAGCCAGCUGCCAGAGAUUGUGAAGGAAGAAAGUGAAGUGCCUCAUGAAGCGAAAUCAGACAUGAGUCAAAUGAAGAAGGUUCAGCACAAUACUCUUUUCAAGCAGCUCAACAGGUACGACAAUGUCAAGUUAUGUCUCGAGUGCUGCGUGCAAGUUUGCGGUGAACAUGGUAAAAAGGCUCCUAGAGGAUCAUAUGUGAUUUUUGAAAAGUCUUUUGAUGAUAUGGAGAAGACAUUGGCAGCAGCCAAGCAGAGGUACUACGAGGUCAGGGUAGAACGGGAUAAUGUCACUCCCAAAGGAAGAGGAAUGGUCACGCCGACAGAUGCGGUGGUGAAGACGGAGGUAGCAUAG